GCGAGUGAAGAUGGCGGCUGUCGUGGAGAAUGUUGUCAAAGUGCUCGGAGAGCAGUACUAUAAGGAUGCCAUGGAGCAGUGCCACAACUAUAACGCCCGGCUCUGUGCUGAGAGGAGCGUGCACAUGCCUUUCCUGGACUCCCAGACAGGCGUGGCCCAGAGCAACUGCUACAUCUGGAUGGAGAAGAGACACAGGGGGCCAGGGAUUGCUCCGGGGCAGCUCUACACCUAUCCUGCUCGUCGCUGGAGGAAGAAGAGGCGGGCACACCCUCCAGAGGACCCCCGCCUUGUCUUCCCUUCCCUCAAAACAGAGUUGGAGUUGGGGCUCAAGAAGGAUGCUCUGGUCCCUGCCGACGGCAGUAGUCUGGAGGCGCUGUUGAAGGCUGAGCCCCUGGACAAGCGGGGCACUCCGGAGCUACGGGGCCCGGAAGAGGAGCCCACCGUGCCCGAGUUGACUGGGGCAACCCACAAUUCCUCCACCCGCAUCAGGAAGAGAAUCCUGGAGCCUGAGGACUUCCUGGAUGACCUGGAUGACGAGGACUACGAGGAGGACACCCCGAAAAGGAGGGGGAAAGGGAAGGGGAAGGGCCGUGGAGUAAGCAGCAACCGGAAGAAGAUGGAUGCGGCAGCGGCUGCGCUGGAGGACAGGGACAAGCCGUACGCCUGUGACAUCUGUGGGAAGCGCUACAAGAACAGACCAGGCCUGAGCUACCACUAUGCCCACUCCCACCUGGCUGACGAGGAGGGUGAGGAAAAGGAGGAGGCAGAGCUUCACGGCCCCGUCACACCGCACCCCGAAGAGCACAAGACCCCCAAGAAAGGACCCGACGGCCUGGCUCUUCCUAAUAACUACUGUGACUUUUGCCUGGGCGACUCCAAGAUCAACCACAAGACGGGCCAGUCGGAGGGUCUAGUGUCCUGCUCAGACUGCGGCCGCUCAGGUCACCCGUCCUGCCUGCAGUUCACACCAGUCAUGAUGGCGGCAGUGAAGACCUACCGCUGGCAGUGCAUCGAGUGCAAGUGCUGCAAUGUCUGUGGGACGUCCGAGAAUGAUGACCAGCUGCUGUUCUGUGACGACUGUGACAGGGGAUACCACAUGUACUGCCUGAGUCCUCCCAUGUCAGAACCCCCCGAAGGAAGCUGGAGUUGCCACCUGUGUCUGGAUUUGUUGAAAGACAAGGCCUCGAUAUACCAGAACCAGAACGCACCGCCGUCGUGAUGCGUUCACCCCUCAAACCCCCAAAGCCCCCCCCCACCCCCUGCCUGCCCCAUCCACA